AUGGCCGACGAACAAGAAGAAAGUGUUCCAAUCAAUAACGUGACAGAUUUAUUGCCUUUACCUCCUAUAUCUGACCAUGAUUUAACAACUCUCUCCCUAAAAGAGAUUAACAAACUCUUAAAAGGGAGGAGCGACGAACAAGAGUUAAGGGACAAACGUGCGAUGCUCAAGAGAAAACAAUCUAGCAUCAAAACCAGGUCAAAGCAGAAAGAAGCUAUGAAGGAAUAUGAGGAGAAAAGACAAAGAAUAGCAGCUUCAAAACCAAAAGAUUGGAAACAACUCUCAGUGAAGCAUAGAAAGAAGUUCGAACGGCUUUUAAAUCUAUGGGACAAUGUGACACUAAUAAGUGGUUACGGUGUAAUUUUUGAAAAAGAGUUCUUAAUAGGCAGUGGCAGUUGCGGCACAGAGGUGUACAUUUGCUUGGGAUCUGACGGGAUAGAACGAGCGAUAAAACGUUUGCCAAAACAACUGUGUACGAAAUUGUUGAAGAAUGAACGAAAUAUCUUGAACUGUACGAAUGCAGUCAAGUCGCCACAAAUAGUAAAUUACUGUUUCUACGAUGACACUUCCAGCUCUGAUUUCGGUUAUUUGAUUCUGAACUUAUAUGAACAAAAUCUUGAAGAAUUUAUCAAGGAGAAAGGCGAAACGAUGACAGAAUCCUAUCUUCGAGAGAUGAUACGUCAAGUGUUGGAAGGGCUGAAAGCAUUACAUACUAGAGACCCUAGAAUUUUGCACAGAGAUUUGAAGCCCACCAAUGUACUUGUUGAUGUGAGGGGUGGUUUAGCACUGUCUGAUUUCGGUAUUGGAAGGGUUCUUCCUGAAGGAG